AUGUCCAAUACUAGCGAUUCACAUCUAUCUUUCAAUCCCCCUAAACCCAUCAUCAAUGGCAAUGCAAAGAAUAUCAAGGGAUCAACGUCUAGUAUACGUCUGACGGAUCCGAGAAGCGGUUCUGAAGAGGGGACAAACGAAUUCUUGAAUCUAUAUCAGCGAGAUAAAAUACCAAAAACUCUUCAUGCCAAUACACCAAUGAAUCUAUACGAUAUAAAUUUCGUAUUUCCAUUCCACACUUUGAGAACUGACCAUGGAAAGCUAGAGCCAUUCGUACCAUCAAAACACCUUUCAGGAUUUUUGAGACUCCCUCCCUCCUCAUGGAUGCACUUCGGUGAACUAGGUCCAUAUACCGAAGAAACUGCUCUAGAAGAUAUCGAAAGUUUCAGGAUCGAUCCGAGAUGUCUUCUAUUAGCGGUUAUAGAUUUACAAGUCGAGAGGAAAGGGAAAGAUGGGUUCGCAGGUGUUUAUGGGUUGAUAGAAGUGAAUGAUGAGUUUAUGCACGCGAUAUUCGGUCUCAGCAACGUUCUCCCCAUCUAUCAAAACACGCACAUAAACACCCACUCAAUGUACCUUAUCCUCCAAUAUCUAUUCGAAGACCUCAACUUGAUUAGAGUACAAUACGAUGCUGUCACGCAUAAUACCCCGUCAAUCAAUUCAGCUAAGAGAUUCGGGUUCAAGGAAGAAGGAAUUUGUAGGAAUUUCAAUGGGUUAGUACCCCAGUAUCAGAAAAUAAACUCUAAAGAAAGGGAGAGAAAGAGCAAGUCUCAGGAUAUGUGGGUGGCUAGUAUGACCGAUCACGAUUGGUUUAGUAAUGUCAAAGAUGAUUUGGAGAGGAAGAUCGAAAGACCUGCAGUGGACACGUGUAAGAUGAUAUAUGGAGAAGGGACAGGAUAUGAUGAGGUUAAUGGCCAUAUGUAA